AUGGGCGAAUCCAGACAAGACCUGUUGUCAUGGGUUAACAAACUCCUGGAGUUGAACCUAACCAAGAUCGAGCAGUGCGGCACCGGUGCUGCCUAUUGUCAGAUCUUCGACUCGAUAUUCAUGGAUGUUCCCAUGGCCCGUGUAAAGUUCAACGUCAACACCGAAUAUGCCUACCUCCAGAACUUCAAAGUCCUUCAGAAUGUUUUCAUGCGUCAUCAGGUAGACAAGCCGGUGCCCGUCCCGCAACUCACGAAAUGCAGGAUGCAGGACAACCUGGAGUUCCUCCAGUGGACGAAGCGGUACUGGGAUCAGCACUACCCGGGAGGUGAGUACGAUGCCGUUAGUCGGCGGAAGGCCUCCGGUGCUCCUGCUUCUGCUUCGGCAGGGAGCUCUCGUGCCGGUGCAUCCUCUGCGGGAGCUACGCGGCGGGGCACUACUCCCACCAUUGGCGGUCGUCAGCCCCGGGCUGCGGUCGGGGCUGCUAGCUCGGCGAAUGUGACUGCGCUGCAGCAAGAACUCGCCACCCAAAAGGAGGCCAUUGCCGGACUGGAGAAGGAACGAGAUUUCUAUUUCGCCAAGCUCCGGGACAUCGAACUGCUGCUGCAGAGUGCCCUCGAGGCGGACCCGGAAUUGGAGAAGGAGGAGGACUCGUUGGUCAAGCACAUUCAAGGCAUCUUGUAUUCGACAGAGGAAGGAUUCGAGAUCCCGGCCGAAGCAGAGGGGGGAGCGGAUGAACUGGAGACCUUCUAG